AGAGCACCUGUUUUGAACCAUUUGAAACAUUCACUGUGUUGAUAAUGAGAUUUUUCAUUCACUUUUUAUGCUGUUCUUGACACCGCUGUUUUAAUCACAGUAUUGAAAUUGCUAUAACCGUUUCUGUCAUGCUGUCAACAAGAAGUCGUGUUAGAGUCCUAGAGGCAUUAAAGGAAUGUGAAGAUGAUGAAGGUUCUGCCCGUCAGAAGGUUUGUAAUACCUCAGAUGAGGAGGAUCAAGACAGCAAAGAUCUGGCACGGAGAGAAAGGAGACGUAAAAAGAUUAUCAAGGAGAUAUUUGACACUGAAAGGACGUAUCAGAAGCAUCUGGAGUUAAUUGUAAAGUAUUUUGCUGACCCUUUGACAGAAAGUCAGUUGGUACCAAAGCAUGUGCAAGCCACAAUAUUCAGCAACAUCAGGAAUAUCAUAGAAGUCAACAAAGAACUCCUAGAACAGUUAGAGACAACAUCGAUAGGAGAUGCAUUCCUGUCCCUGGCACCAUUUCUAAAGCUUUAUUCCAUGUAUGCAAAUAACCAUGAACAUGCUCUUGGUACCCUGCUGGAAUGGGAGCAGAAAAAGCCCGAGUUUUCUGCAUUCAGGCGUGCUCAGGAGGAAGAGCCCGAAGUAAUGGGUCUAAAGUUCAAUGCUUUACUUAUUACACCUGUGCAAAGAAUACCAAGGUACAAGUUAUUACUGGAAGAUCUUCUAGAGAACACCCCACCUGAAGAUGAUGAUUAUAAAGCAUUAAAAGAUGCAGCGAUAAUGAUAGCUGGGGUUGCCGCACACAUCAACGAACACAUAAAGGAGCAUGACAACUUCCAGAAGAUGCUGGCAAUACAGAACAAUUUGACAGGGAACACAGCUCCCAGGAUUGUUGCUCCUGGAAGAAGAUUCAUCAAAGAUGGCAUGUUAAAAAAGAUUUCAAGAACAGGUUGCUCAUCCCAUGAGCGUAUGUUCUUCCUGUUUUCAGACAUGUUACUGUAUGCCAAACCUUUCAACUCCAAGUAUGUGUGCUGCUGUGUGUUCCCUCUCCACCACUGCCAUGUGGAGAGAAUGCUGGGGGAUUUGUUUAAGGUGACAUGCAAGAAUGAGAGUGUAUUGUUGUUCUCCGAAGACAAGAAGACAGUGAGUUCCUGGAUAACAGCUUUAGAGGAGGCAAUAGGAGUAAACAAGGAGUGUAGACAGACCCUGAGAAAGGAGAGCAGUGCCAAGCAACCAAUGAGGAGGACAGGGUUUCUGAGGAUGAGGAAACAGGAAAAGAGAAAAUUAGCAGAUAAAAAGGAAAAUGGAAAAGGCAGUAAAAAGGGUUCAGGGGCUGCUGUUCCUGUGAAGGCACAACUCAGACAGCUCCUAGAACAGAACAUGUCAUGUAUAACUCCAAGGAGAAAGAGAAGGAAAUUGCUCAGCAGUACCAGUAGCAACGAUGGCUGUGAUGUCCCCAGUAGUCCGGAGAGUUGUGAAAACACAUCACCUAAUAUUGAUGCUUUUGAUAUGGAUGACUCCUAUCAAACAGACCUAAAGCAGCAGCCCCAAGAACUAUCUGUCAUCAAAGAACAACUGGAAGAAGAAAACAGCUAUGAUAAUGAAGACCAGGAAGAGGAAUAUGACAAAGGAAAUAUUUUCAUGACUUCUGCUGAAAUGGAUGCUUUUGUGACUUCUGAGAUAGAUUUGUCAUCUGAGAGUGAACCUUGUUCCUCAGCAGAUACCUCUGAUCAGCAGCAGAUGAUAUCUAGUAGUGGCAGUGGACAGGAGAGCUCAACGGAAAUUUAUUACACGAGUCAUGGUGCUAAUCUCAGGAAUUCAUCAGUUCAUCCACCAGGUCUGAAAAGAAACAACUCAUCAUGUGUCAUUUCCUAGGUUACACAAGGGACCAGCUUAAUGUGACUGUUGCUCAGUGUUUUACAUAAAGAUACACUUUGAAUGAGAAAUUAUCAUUUUAAUGCAUAUAUCUAUUUCUGUUACUUUGUUUUAUGAACCAGAAAUUUUAUUUACACUAUAUAUUCUUUAUAACAUAACUUAUUAUUAAUUGCUAGUUGCAAGUUGACUGUAAUGUUAAGCAACUGCAUUUAAAUGGACAUUAAUUUACAAGGUUUUCUUUGUUAAAAAAAGGGUUUUAUAGUAUUUGGGUUUACAUUACAAAUAAAAUCAAAUAAAGGCACAUAGCUUUUAAAUACUAACAAGCACAGCUUAUGUACCUGUCUUAAUAAAGAGCCUGUCUCACUGGGUUGUGUGUCAUGAAUAAAUACCAUUUUAUGUGAAUAAUUAUAUGCAUCUUUGAUUUAGAGGUAACCGAAUA